CAAACUGUUCCGCAUAUGUCACUCACGGCCGUGAAGUCUGAUGCCUCCGGGAUCGGGGUGGUGGGCGUGGGACUCGGCGGAACUGUUGCACUAUCCGACUCCCGGGAGUGGGCUCCCCCGCCACCGGGCAAGCGAUGUGCCACGGUGACUAUGCUCCUGGCCCAGAGGAUUGCACGCAACGCUUGCUGGUCAGUCGACGAGGAGACCUCGUUCAGUGCGAACAAGAUGAACGUCUGGCAGACGCUGGAGUACCUUUCGGGGCUGAGUCUGCGGAAGAAGUACAACUACGAGGGCUUCUCGGACACCCACAAUGUGCUCAGGACCCUCACGCCCUCCUGGCGGCGGGAUAGCUUCGCCGAGAAGGCCAAGGCCGAGGAACUGGCUGGCGGAGCGGCUGCAUCGGCGGUCAAGAAGUAUCCCGAGGAACGCUCCUCGAGUGCUCCCCUUAUCGCUGUCGAGGACCCGGGCUUAGGUACCAGCUUCCAGAGCAGUGAUAAUGUCGCCAUGUGCGUUCGACCCAGGGCGAAAAGUCCAUCCGGACCGCGCAGAAAGCAUCGCAGCCGGAACCGGAAACGAAAUACUCCCCACCUGGAUCCCGAGUACGCCCUGUCGCCGGAGGACCUGCAGGAUCUCGUCAAGUGCAAUUUCAAUUUGCCGCGCAUUAGCGCCCGCCUGGAGCGUCUGAUGGGCACCAAUGUGGUCAAGUUGACGGACCGCGCCUACAUGAAGGAGCUCCGGGAGCGGAUCGACGAGGAUUACCGCAAACAGUUGCUGUCCCGCAUUCGCGCCCGGGAGUUGAAGGAAGUGGAGCGCGAGCGAAUGCUGAUUAUAGAGGGCAAGUCAGAUGUGAUACCAGACGAACUGGCCGACGAUCCUAUAUUCAUGGUCAACAAAGAUGCCAACAUGGAGAUUCAGAAGGAGCGCUCCAAGUUGAAGACCGCUCGGGAAAAGAAUGCAGAGCGUUUAAAGCAGCAGGGCGUAAAAUGGGAGCGGGAAAGGCUUCAACAUGCUGCAAAGGAAGCGGAACUUCUGGCCAAGAAACGCGAGCGGCAGCGCCAGCAGAAAUUGUUGGUGGAACAGUACAGGACAGAGGACGCGGAAAGGGGAAUGGAUCUGCUGCGCAUCGAAAACGAAGACUGGCGGGAGUGCGAAAAGAGCCUGAAGGAGUUCCUCGAACAGGAGCGUGCCAAAAUGAAGGAGCGUUCGCUGCGCAUCUCCCAGCCAUUCUCAUCAGAUCCACAGGACAUACAGAACAUAGUGAGGGCCAGGCAAAAGUUCCGCGAGACAGAGCUACGUAUUCGCAACCAGCUGGAGAACAAGCUGAAGGAUGUGAAACUGGCGGUCACCACCCAACAACUUACCGAACUCAUCGAGGAUGCCCAUCGAUCCAGUGGGGAGAUUGUGCGAGAGCCUUCGAUAGAGGACGAUGAGUACCACGAGGGCGAGCCACAAUCCAAGUAUCUGGACGAUGUCACCGACGUCUCCGAGGAGACGGUGAUCAGCGAGGACGCCAUCAGUCUCACUCUGGCCAAGCAGCAGUACGCCGAGGAACUGGAGGCCGAGAUGGAGGACGAGUUCAACCGGGGUCUGCUCAUCUCCAAGCAGCAGUACGACCAGCUGCGCUUCGAGGAUGAGAAGAUCGUGGCGCUAAGGAAUGCCAAGGACAUUCGCGAGUUGUAUCAACUGGCUGAGGAGAUCAUCAUGGGCGAGGUCUUCGAGGAAGCGCCAGAGGAGUGCGAGGAGGAGGACGUAGGCGAGGAGCACGAACUCGACAUCUCCUCAGACCACGAAGCCCAUGAUCCAGCCAAACCCUAAAAACCCGAGGAUGGACCAAUUUCAAUGUUCUGUGGGCGGCGGGAGGCCGUUUUUCCUGCUGCACCACUUUUCGCCAGUUUUACAAAGUUUGGCCAAAUAUUUGGUUUUCCCACUGGAAGCCAAAAUAUUUCACCAAAUUCUGCAAAAAUCAGUCAGGAUGGGGGCCACAGUUUGUUAAUCAUCGAAUGAGGAAAAGCGGCACCCAAAAACGUCAGUGCCACUGUCACUCAAUCUCAGCGCUUAGGUUGAUAACUGUCAAUAGGGUUUAAUUAAAGCUGUAACGACGUGAUAGUGCCCGCAUGGAAAUAAUACCAAUAAAGGCCGAAAAAUCCAAAAACAAACGCAUGAGUCAAUUGCACAUCUGACUUGACGACCGACAAGUAUGCUACAAAUAUUUGCCCAGUGAUACGAAUGAGCGUGCCGGAAAGAUAUGCGGGCGGAAUGGUGUUCUGGAAAUCCAUUUAAAAAAACCAAAUCACAGAAAUACAGAGAAAACUUUAAUUGUAAAAUUUUAAGAGUAAAAUUUGGACUCAAAGUUUUCAAAAGUACAUACAAUUUUCAAGUACGUUUAAAGGACAUAAUUCUUUGUCGCAAAAAUUUUGUUUAAGCAUAUCUUCAAAAAUGUGUUUUAACCGCGAAAUACUUUUUCAGUACACAUAUCCUAGCGUAAUUAUAAGAAAUUCAAAAGAUAUUAAAGUUUAAAAUUAAAAAAGUUUUUAAGAAAUUAAUAUUCAAGUCAAGAGAAUUGUCAUGAAAUGCGGCUACUUUUUAAACAAAUCUUAAAAUAUGUGAUUUCUUGACGAAAGUGUUUUUUAGAACACGAACCACAAAUCUCAGCGUAAUUAGCUGAUUUGAUUAGCUAAUUUGUUUAUCAAUUGGUCUGGCACGUUGGCGCACAUGCCGAGAUUGCACAUGGCAAAAGAGAAGGGCGUGACGCAUUCGGAUGAAUCGAUGUCCAUUGAAAGGGUGGAUGACAUGACAUCAGGCCCACCCGAUGCAACUUAAGUCGCACAAGCCGAUUACCACGUACUGAAAUGUCCCAGAGAGAAAUAAGGCCGUCUAAAAAUAGCCAGGUCUUGGCCAAAAAUAUGACUUUUGCUUUAUAUCAGGAAGCCCCCGCCCUGUAUCACUUUUCUCUGCCCUUGAGCACUAAAACUUUUCAGCGGGCUAUUAUUGGUUUUCUUAGGGUAAGUGUCAUCUUCGGUUGCCCCCGGCGAUUUUGGCAAGAAACCCCUAUAUAUGCUUAUUUUCCUGUGCCUUUUAGGCCAAAACAACACACACAUACCGUCAAAACAAUAACGAAAACAUCGAGGAAUCGUUUGAAUUGUCCUCCAUUACUAACAGCAAUUUCACUCUAAAGUGUCAUUUUUUCCAGGCCUGAGGGCUACAACGGUUGUUGACACCCGACUGGAUAUCCUGACCCCUCGAUUCUGAGAUUGCACUACUGCGUAGGAUUUUUUGUUGGUCUGGAAAGGUGUUUAAAAGUCAGACAAUUUAAAUUCUGGCUGAAAUGGAAAAAUUUGGUUUAACAUAAAUAUAACCCUAAAAUUAAAUAUUUGGUUCAUUGGAAAGCCAUAACUUGUCAAAUUUAAAUGAAAUACAUUUUUGGUGAUCCAAAGUUAAUUUUAAAUUAUUAGAAAAAAUCAUGGGUUUUUUUUCAACAAUCAUUUACCAGUAGUCACAAUUUUAAUUAUAAGGUAUAAUUGUAGCUUUGAGCUUUGAUUCCUUUUACCUGGAAUCACAACUGCGCCAUUUGUAAUUGUUAUCACCGUGACCCAAAUAAACAAGCCCAACUAUAAUUAAUAAUUAU